AUGGACUCUUCUAAUCCUACUGUUCUUCAAUCAUGCCCGUUUUGGCAUUAUGACGAUGUCCCUGAAUGUGGGAGAGUCAAAUAUAUAGGUUAUGAUAUCCCCUUCCUAAUAAUUGUAUUUGGUAUCGUAUUCAUUGCAUACAAUAUCAUUUCCAAUUAUUAUAACUAUGAUUAUUUGCAUUUAAAAAAGGAAAAUUUAAUCGAUCAACUUCUAUAUGAUACUACAGCCUCUGAAGAAGAAACUGAAACUGAAAAUCAACCUCUACUAUCAAAUGCUAGAAAUGCAGCUACACAAUAUAAUGGUGUAGAAGUCCCCAAGGAGGAAGAACUUUCUGAAAGACAUUUCUCAAUAGAGAAAAUUAAAUUACUUAAACCGGACGGAUCUAUCCACGGUACACCAAAUGUCAUCCAUCGUUCCUUUACAGAAAAAUCUAGAAUUUUAUCAGAGUUUAUAAUAGUGGUCAUACAACUUUAUCUUCAUGGUUUAAUCCUCUUCAAAUAUUCAAAUAAGGGAAUCUCAGACUUUAAUCAUAAGAAUUCCUUCAUAAAUGCUUUAUUGUGGUCAAUCUUAACCAUAAUAAUUGUUUUACGUAUAUGGAAUAUCAAUCAAAAUUCAAAAUGGGUCAAUAAAUACCCAGGGAAUUUAUGGUCUAUAUCAUUCGUUGCAUAUUUGUUUGCCUUUACUUCAACAUUAUUACCAUUCCGUUCCAUUCUUAUUCAUAACAUAAAAAAUAAUAUGGUCAAGAAUUAUUACCUCUCUCAAUUUUGCUUAAAUUUUGUCCUAUUCUUCCUAUUAUUUACUGCACAAGUAGGAAAUAAAUUACCAGUGAUUUAUAAGACCGAUGAUUGGAUAGAUCCAUCUCCAGAACCAACAUCAUCAAUUUGUUCAUUUAUAUCAUGGAGUUGGUUAGAUUCCUUCGUAUGGGUCGCACACCAAAAUACUCUUGUAUUUAAAGAUAUCUGGGCUCUAAGAAUUGAUGACUAUUCAAUCUUCGUUGUUAAAAAAUUUAAAACUUUUAUUACACGUCCCUUCUCACAAAACAAUUUCUCAUCGAAUUUAUUCUUAUUCUUCAUGAAAUAUUUCCUACUUCAAGGGUUUUGGGCUUGUUUAAGUGCUCCAAUUAGUUUUGUCCCCACUGUGUUAUUGAAAAGAAUUUUAGAAUACGUAGAUGAUCAAUCAUCAGCUCCUAAAAAUUUAGCAUGGUUUUAUGUCUCUUGUAUGUUUGCAUGUGGGGUAUUAGGUGCUAUCUUUAGAGGUCAAGCUUUAUUUUAUGGAAGAAGAGUAUGUGUCAGAAUGAGAAGUAUUAUCAUAUCUGAAAUUUAUUCUAAAGCUUUGAGAAGAAAAGCUUCUACAAUGACUAACAAAAAUGAUGAUGAUGAUGAAAAGGAUCAAGAGACAAAUACUGAAGAUCUCCAAGAUAUCACAACAGCGUUGCCUGAAUCUCCAGUGACAGCUGAGGAAAUUGAUGCCCUAAAUGAAACAACUGAUGCUAGUAAGAAAGAAACUGAUAAUUCUCCUGCUUCGUCUGCAAAUCUUGGUGCAAUUAUUAACCUUAUGGCUGUCGAUGCAUUUAAAGUCUCUGAAAUUUGUGGAUAUUUACAUUUCUUUGUAGAAGCGUUAUUGAUGGUCGUUGUAGCAUUGGCAUUACUUUAUCACCUGUUAGGGUAUGCAGCACUGGUUGGUGGAGCAUUAGUCGUUGCAUUCUUACCAUUGAAUCUAAAAUUAGCCACAUUAUUGGGAGAAUAUCAGAAAAAAUCUCUAGCUGUAACAGAUAAACGUAUCCAAAAAUUAAAUGAAACGUUUCAAGCAAUUCGUAUUAUUAAAUACUUUUCUUGGGAAGAUAAUUUUACUCGUGAUAUUGAAACUGUAAGGGAAAAGGAAUUACAUCUACUAUUCAAAAGAUCAUUGAUUUGGGCUUUUAGUUCAUUUAUUUGGUUUAUUACUCCUUCAAUCGUCACAAGUUGUUCCUUUGCAUUUUAUAUCUAUGUGCAAGGUGAAACAUUGACAACACCAGUGGCAUUUACAGCUCUAUCGUUAUUUACUUUACUGAAAACUCCAUUAGAUCAAUUAUCAAACAUGAUUAGUUUUGUAAUACAAUCGAAAGUCUCCUUAGAUAGAAUUCAAGACUUAUUGCAAGAAAAAGAAACAGAAAAAUAUUCGCAAUUAACUAUUGAUAAAAAUGGAAACCGCAUUGCUUUCCAGAAUGCAACAGUUGCUUGGGAUAAAAAGAAUAGUGAAUUUAAAUUAAGAGAUUUGAAUAUUGAUUUUAAGCCGGGGAAGUUGAAUGUAGUAAUUGGUCCAACUGGUUCGGGUAAAUCCUCUUUGUUAUUGGCUUUAUUAGGUGAAAUGCAUUUAGAAAAUGGUAAUAUUAUAGUCCCAUCUUUAGAUCCUAGAGAUGAAUUAGUAAUUGACCAUGAUGGAAUGACAAACUCCAUCGCGUAUUGCUCCCAAGGUGCUUGGUUGUUGAACGAUACUGUUAGAAAUAAUAUUUUAUUCAACUCUCCAUAUAAUGAAGCUCGAUACAACGCGGUCGUUGAGGCUUGUUGUUUGAAACGUGAUUUUGAAAUCUUAAAAGCUGGUGAUAUGACUGAGAUUGGUGAAAAGGGUAUAACACUAUCAGGUGGGCAAAAACAAAGGGUGUCCUUAGCUCGUGCAUUAUAUUCGAAUUCUAGACACGUUCUACUGGAUGAUUGUUUGAGUGCGGUUGAUUCACAUACCGCAUUAUGGAUUUAUGACAAUUGUAUUACAGGUCCAUUGAUGGAGAAUAGAACAUGUAUUUUAGUUUCUCAUAAUAUUGCUUUGACUCUAAGAAAUGCUGAACUAGUGGUGAUAUUGGAAGAUGGUAGAGUCAAAGAUCAAGGUGACCCUGUAACUAUUUUACAAAAGGGCCUAUUAGGUGAUGAUGAAUUAGUUAAGAGUAGCAUCCUUUCCAGAACAAAUUCUUCAGUUAACUUGAGUUCCAACUCGGCUAUUAACUUAGCAGAAGCUGAUAAAGUUACGGCCAAGAAAGAAGAUGGAGAUAAUACAGCCAAUCUCGCUGCUGGUAGAUUAAUUGAAGAAGAAACGAAAGCAAAUGGCGUUGUCAGUAUUAGAGUUUACCAAUGGUAUUUGAAUAUCUUUGGUGGCUGGAAAACUAUAUCAUUUUUGUCUACUAUAUUUGUUGCUACUCAAUUAGUCUUUAUAUCCCAAUCAUGGUGGGUCCGUCAUUGGGUAUCUACUAGUAUACAUGAAGUAUAUACUUUUGUGAAACAGAGAAUACAUGCUUCUCUAACUACCAAUAUCGGUUCAGUAAUGAAUAUGAGGUACAAUCAUGGACCCUUAAUGAUCUCCACGCAAGACAAACAAGCUGUGACAAAUACUUCACACUCAACCUUUUAUUAUCUUUCAAUUUAUUUUGGCAUUGGGGCUUUACAAUCAUCAUUAGCAGCAAUAAGGAAUAUUAUUAACUUCACUACUGGUCUUAAUGCCUCUAGGAAAAUUUUCAAGUCAUUGUUACAUACUGUUCUUCAUUCCAAGUUAAGAUUUUUUGAUGCAACACCAAUUGGUAGAAUUAUGAAUCGAUUUUCUAAGGAUAUAGAAGCUGUUGAUCAAGAAUUGACACCAUAUUUGGAGGCUGCUUUCUAUUGUUUGGUUGAAUGUGUUUCAACUAUGUUGUUGAUUGCAUUUAUUACACCUCAAUUUCUAAUUUUGGCUAUUUUUAUUGGAUUUUUAUAUUACCUAGUUGGAUAUUUCUACAUGGCUGCGUCUCGUGAGUUAAAAAGAUUUGAAUCCGUUACAAAAUCUCCAAUUUAUCAACAUUUCUCUGAAACACUUGUAGGUAUUGUUACAAUUCGUGCUUAUGGUGAUGAAAAAAGGUUCAUGUUAGAAAACUUACAUAAAAUCGAUGAAAAUAACAAACCGUUCUUUUAUUUAUGGGCAUUCAAUAGGUGGUUGUCAUUCAGAAUUGAUAUGAUUGGUUCUUUGGUUGUCUUUGGUGCUGGUGUUUUCAUUAUUCUAAAUAUUGAUAAUUUAGAUUCUGGGUUAGCUGGUAUUUCUUUGACAUAUGCUAUUUCUUUCACCGAGGCCGCCUUAUGGCUAGUGAGAUUUUAUGCAGAUGUGGAAAUGAAUAUGAAUUCCGUAGAAAGAUUAAAGGAAUAUAUGGAAAUUGAUCAAGAACCGUAUGAAGAACAUCUCGAAAGAUCAGAAGUAUUAGCCGUUGAUAAUUGGCCAAGAAAUGGUAAGAUCGAAGUUAACAAUUUAUCAUUACGUUAUGCGCCAAAUCUUCCAAAAGUCAUUAAAAAUGUUACUUUCGUUGUUGAGCCAAAUUGUAAAGUUGGUGUAGUAGGACGUACUGGUGCAGGGAAAUCUACCAUCAUUACAGCUCUCUUUAGAUUUUUAGAUGCUGAAACAGGAUACAUUAAAAUUGAUGAUAUUGAUAUCACGACCGUUAAUUUAACUAAAUUACGUCGUUCCAUAACUAUUAUUCCUCAAGACCCAACUCUAUUUAGCGGCACAAUCCGUUCCAAUUUAGAUCCGUACAAUGAGUUUUCCGAUGAUGCCAUCUUCAAAGCAUUAAGACGGGUGAAUUUAAUCAAUGAAAAUGAAUCUACCGGACCUGCAUCUAGUGAAACUUCUCCUUCUAGUACUGAAAAUGUCAAUAAGUUUUUGAAUUUGAAAAAUGAAAUUACUGAAGGUGGUAAUAAUCUAUCUCACGGUCAAAGACAAUUAGUUUGUUUAGCGCGUUCAUUAUUACGUUGUCCAAAGAUUAUCUUGUUAGAUGAAGCAACAGCUUCCAUUGAUAACGCGUCAGAUGCUAAGAUUCAAGAAACAAUCAGAAAGGAAUUUAAAGAAAGUACUAUUUUAACUAUUGCACAUCGUUUGAGAUCGGUUUGUGAUUAUGAUAAAAUUCUUGUCAUGGACGCUGGUGAAGUUAAAGAAUAUGAUCAUCCAUAUUCUUUGUUAUUGAAUAAGAACAGUAUAUUUUACAGUAUGUGUGAACAAAGUGGUGAACUUGAUGCUCUUAUAGAUAUGGCUAAAGGUUCCUUUGUUGAAAAAUUAAACUCGAAAUAA